AUGCCAAUCCCUCCGAGAGUUGUCACGACAGAACUUAAAUUUGUGAAAGUGCUGAAGCUCCUCCAUGUAGAUUUUCGUGAUGCGGUACUGAAGGCUUCCUGUCAGGCGGGGAAACCCGUAAUCGACGAGCGAGUCUUGAAGCAGAUCUUGUGUUAUUUGCCACAGCUGUACGAGCUCAACUGUGACCUGUUGAGAGAGCUGGAGGAACGGGUUGCUCACUGGAACGAGCAUUGCGGUGUAGCGGACAUAUUUGUGAAGAAAGGCCCUUAUCUGAAAAUGUACUCCACUUACAUUCGUGAGUUCGACAAGAAUGUGGCCCUUCUAGAAGAGCACUGCCGGAAAAACCCAGCAUUUGCCAAAGCCGUCCGAGAGUUUGAGAGCCUUCCAUGCUGUGCAAACCUGGCAGUGAAACAUUACAUGCUGAAACCCAUCCAGAGGAUUCCACAGUAUCAGCUGCUCCUGACCAGUUAUCUGAACAAUCUAGAUGAAGAAUCGCCAGACUACAAAGACGCAGAAGCUGCCCUGAUGAUAGUAAAGGAGGUGGCUAAUCAUGCGAAUGAAAUCAUAAGACAAGAGGAUAACAGCCAGAAGCUGUACGAGGUUCAGUGCCGCCUGACUGGGAAUCAUGUGAUUGUCCAACCAGGAAGGGUUUUGUUAAAGGAAGGGAUCUUGAUGAAGCGCUCCAGGAAAGUGAUGCAGCCUCGAAUGUUCUUCUUAUUGAAUGAUAGUCUUCUGUAUACCACGCCGGUAGCAACGGGUAAUUUCAAACUGAACAACAUACUGUCAUUGGCUGAGAUGAAGGUCAGUAAACCUAGUCAGGAGGGGUAUCAGAAUGAGCUGAACAUUGAGAGUGUUGAACGAUCUUUUAUUUUAUCUGCCAGCUCUGCUGCAUGUCGAGAUGAGUGGCUUCAGGCCAUUUCCACCGCAAUCGACGAUUACACCAAGAAAGAGACCACCUUCACCUCAGUUAGACACCCUGAGAUGGCAACCCAAGAUGUUCCAGACAGCGGGGCCCAGCUGGGAUCCAAAGCCCCGAUAUGGAUCCCAGACCUGAGGGCCACUAUGUGCAUGAUCUGCACCUGUGAGUUCACCCUCACCUGGAGACGCCACCAUUGCAGAGCCUGUGGGAAGGUUGUGUGUCAGGCCUGUUCAACUAACAAACAGCCGCUGAAAUACCUGAAGAAUCACCUCGCGCGAGUUUGUGAUCUCUGCUUCUCCGCUUUGCAGCAAAAGAGUUCAGGUUCAUGA